AUGGCCGCGUUGGUUCAGACGAUUCCGCAAAGUAGUACGGUACCUGUGCUCCAGACGCGUCCUUCCUCUUCUUCCGGCACUUUCAGCCAAAAUCAGGCCUCGCACAUCCAGAGCAUGUCUUGGACUUCAUUCAAUGGCAAUUCUGGGAACUAUCGAGCAGGACAUCCGGUAGUGGCUCCAUACGCCUAUCCGAACCUGGGGCAAUCUUCCCAAAACCGCCAGUCGUGGUCCCCCCAUCUCCGCCCAGAACAUCGCACCUUUUCCACCCCUACCUCUCCCCAAGUCCCCGGGAAUCAGGCAUACGCCACCCCCCGAAACCCCCAUACUGCAGCUGGCUCUGUAUCGAAUUCCUCUUCUUCCAAUUCUUCCUUCCGUUCCCAUGUUUCCAAGGACGACAGUGCACUUCCCUCGAGGCAACCGAGGAGCGAUCAGCCGCUCCGCCCCCUAUCCACCGCCAACCUCCCUCCCCCUUCCGUUAUGAACAUAAACUCUCCCAAGCCCUCUCCGAACCGGUAUCGACGUGCCAACCAACGGGCUGAAGCCGCCGCAUCGGCUGCUACUUCUGCUCCAGUUCCGACCGUGGUGGUUGAUGAUCACAGCACUCCAACCGUGCCUCGACCGAGCAUGCACAGUCGAGUUGCCAGUGUAGAUGAUGUGUCACAUGGCGAGAGAACACAACCUGAACGUUAUCGGCGUCGAAGCUUGGGCAAUAUGGACUCCUCUGCGUAUCCAAACCUGCAACUAGACCUCCAGUCGACUGCAACUGGACCUGCAUCGGGAUCUGCAUCGGGACCUGCAUCGGGACCUGCAUCGAGACCUGCCUCAGGGCCCUACGAUUUCAUUGCUUUUGACACCAACACCAACACCAACCAACGGCCAGUGUCUUCACACUCUCACCGGGACAGCCUCGGUAGUAAUCACUCGGCCCAAUCAUCGACUUCCUCGACCCGUGAGGGCACGCCAGACUCCAGCUCUGCGACAAGCAAGACCGGAAAGUCCGACGACAAACGAACGACUAAGCCAUCGCCUUUGUCACAACCCGUUUCAACUGAACCCGAACCCCCCAAAACUACUCCUCAACCCGACACACGCAAAACCACACCACCAUUAGAUUCCCCCGCUGCGAAGCGUCUCAAUGAUCUGAAAAAUGAAUCGAAGCGCCCCGGGAAAUCACGCCUGAGACGGGCCUUCUCAUUUGGUAGUGCGUCUGAGCUCCUCAAAAACUCUGCACAAACCAAUGCCGCCAAGCGAGAAGCCAUUCAGCUCGAGAAGGAGCGCCGUGAAGCUCUGAAGGAAGAGCUGGGACCUGAGCAGGCCGCAAUUGCCGAGCAACAGGAAUUGAGUGGACUGGGUAACAGCAUCUAUUCCAACCAAGGCCACUUCUUCACUGGAUCUACCGACAACCUCUCCGUCUCAUCCACCGCCUCAUCUGCUUCCAUGAUGCUUCGUAAAAUGGGCAAGGGUAUGAAACGGUCAACCCGUUCAUUGGUGGGCAUGUUCCGGCCGAAAUCGGUCGCCAGCAUCGGCUCCGUCGAGGCCCCCGCUGGCGAGACUCCACCCCCGCAGAUCACCGUGGUGAACGUUGAGGCGGAGAGGGAGAGUGUCGCUGUCAACCCAGAUCCCCAGGAGAUGCCCCGGGGAGGUACAGUCUUCCCCAGAGUUGAGGGCGCUUCUGAGGUCCGACGGUCUACUUCCGUCCGGGAACGAGCCGCAUCCGAGAACUCCCAGUCGCGUAAGAGCAUCGUGGGAGGAGAACGCGAGCGUGCGGAGAUCCUGAAAGCUGUCCACAAGGGUAUUCUGAAAAAAACUCACUCCGACCUCGGUGUCUCGUCGCCUUCACAUGCACUCAACGGCAGUGACUCGCCGCACUCCAGUGCUCCCCCCACACCCGACGAGGCCGCUCGCUCCCCAGCUCACCAGACCGAUUCCGUCAAGAUCGCCGGCGAGGACUACUUCCUCUCAACCGCAGGGCGGUUCUCGGCUUCCGAGGCCAAGAGUGCACCUAUCACCCCACAAGGUGUUGCUGGUAGAAAUAUUGUCUUCAGCCCUCGCAUUCAGUUUCACGAGACCUGGCCUAGCGGCGAGUACGACCGUCGUGGAGAGAUUGCGACGUGCAACCGUCUCACUCCCCUACUUGCUCAGCAGAUUCGGGAGGAGAUCAACAACUUCAAAAUGGAGAUGGAAGUUCAUGAGAAUUCCAAGAUCUACACGCACUUCAUUUAA